AUGCCCGACAACACCGAAGCCCAACGUCUGAUCGAAGAAGCCGCCCGAACCCGCGGCUACACCCUGGAAAUGCACCGUAUCAACGCCCUCGCCGACCCCGAGUGGACGCAGAAAUACGGCGAGUUCAUCGAGGCGACCUACACCGGCCAACGGUUGCUGGAUCGCAAGACGAAAGAGCUGCUGCAAAUCUGCGUGGAGGUCGCAUUGCGCGCCGACCAGGAGCAAAUUCAGGCGCACAUGCGCGUGGCGCUCAGCGAGGGAGCCACUCCACGGGAGAUACUGGAAGCCAUGCAGGCUGUUAUCGCACCCAUGGGAGCCCUGGCUUUCCGCCGCGGUGUUCAGGCCUGGGCCGCCGAAACCGACUUCCAAUACUGA